AUGCGUAUAUAAUAUAUUCAUUAAAUAUUAUAUAUUAAUUAAUUUUAAAUUAUUUUAUUUGAACAAAUUAGUAUAAUAGUUUGGAGAAAAACUUUAUAUUAUUAAGAAAAAUGUAAAAAUUUUGGAUAUAAUUGA